UCUUUCCUUGUCCCUCCAAUCUUUCUGCGGUGAAAUAUCAUCUCAAUUCAAUGUCUCAAAGAACUUCUAUGUCUUUAUUGGUACCCCCUUCUUCAUAGUCUAGCUUAACUCGAGCUCUGCCCGGUGGGGUACGGUUAUGUCCCUCUACCCCCCCGGGAACGUGGUAACUCGUCUCACUCCCCCUUGCCCGCCUUUUCAGUAGUGAGUCUCAAGACACCGAGCCAUCCGAUAUCUAUGUCUCGGUCCGAGAAAGUGGUGGCUAUGGACUCUACCGCAAGAACCAUUUCCGCCUUUUACUCCCAUUCAGGACCGAAGCCAGCAACCAUUACGCCACCGGAUCGACCUUCAUUCACAUUUAUUGACCAUGACGACGAUUUGAGUUCCAAACGAAUUAAAGACGCCAAUGCUCGCAGGGCCAUUCGCUCUCAUGUCAUGCGUGAUGUACGUAGGCGCGAGCGACUUGCUGGACUAAAGCGUGUCUCUAGACGUGAAGGGCUUGCAGGUAAAGCGGCUGCCCAACCAAAUCCCGAAGACUCGCCAUCGGAGCGCGUGUUACCCAUAAGGUCUACUAUUUCAUCCUCAGAGUCAAAUCUGCUCACGGGAAGGGGGCCAGCUUGUGAGGUUGUCAAGUUCAAAGAGAAACGGCGGCAGCAGCCAGAGAGGCGGCUCAUUAGCCACUCAGCAUCAACAAGCUCUAUUUCGAUUCCACUUCCCUUUCCUUCCUCGUGGCUUCUCGACCCAUUCAGUUCAUUGCCAGGUGCCGGUGAUGUUCCUAUUACGAUUAGUCGGCUGGUAUUUUACUGGGGGACUGUUUUUGUGCCGAUGACUUUCCCGACAGAAUACGCUCUUAAUGAGCGGGCUAAAAUGGAAAUGGCAGUCCAAUCUUCAUUUACAGACCCGGGCAGUUUCUUUGGCUUGAUGAGCAUGUGUGCUGCCCACCGAGCUGUUUUGGCUGGACAUCAUCCAGACCACCAAUAUGCUUCAGAAACCUCCUACCGGUUUUUGCACAAAGCAGACUACUACAUCAUGAAAGCCAAGUGCAUUCGUGAGAUGAAUAUCAAAUUGCGGAAUCCUAUUCUAUCGUUAAGCAACGAAGCAUUUGGCACAAUUAUUAACCUUCUUACGAGUGCGCUGAUAGUUGGGUUGUUUGAUGAAGCCCGUAUGCACCUCAGAGGCUUGAAACGCAUGGUGGAGUUACGAGGAGGGGUUGCAGACAAGGGUAUUCAUCAGUCCUCAAUGUUGGCUGCCAUUCUCGCGACUGAUGCAAAGGCUGCAUCGGGACUCAUGACCCAGCCAGUUUUGCCUUUGGUUUGGGGCUUGCAACCGGUGUCUACCAGCAUUCAGAAACGUAUAGCGCCCCCAAACACGUCAAAUUUGCAAAGACUGGGCAUCGCAUUUUUUUCUAAUCCUCAUCUCAGCUCUCCCUUGCUAAAUAUUCUGCUUGUUAUGCGUGAUCUAGUACUCUACAGCCAGGCUUGCAACGAGAACCCUGCUGUACUUUGCACAGAUGAUCACGUAUUUUUCCGCAAUCUUAAUCAUGAAGUUGAGCAUCAGCUCCUUAGUUACGUCUACUCAGAAUCCAACAUGCGAAGCAAAUCGUUUCCCGAGACCCUGCCAUACCUUCAUCCUAUAGAGGCGGUCACCAGAAUUGCUUCUAUUUGUUACUUAAAUCAUUUCCUAGUCGUAUCGCCCCCAUCGUCUGGGUUGGGCCGUGCGCUCACAAGACAUUUGAAGCAGGCUAUAGCUGAUUCUACUCGGUCACCGGUAUUUAAAGAGAAUCACGGUUUGUUGGUGUGGGCGCUUUUCAUUGGCGCUCAGGGCUCGGCUGGGCAGAUUGAACGCCCAUGGUUCAUUGAGCGUCUAUCCGGCAUUGCCCUGGUUUGUGGGUGGCGCACCUGGAGGCAGGUGUCCACCGUCUUGAUCGAUUAUUUCUACCUUCCUAGUACCAACGAGGUGGGCUGGACAUCUGUCUGGGAUGAAGCCAUGACUUGAUCAGCCAUGCACAUUGGAAGCACAAAGUGGGGGUUACUUUAUUCUCGUUCUGGUACAGCUCGCUCGGUGAUUAGCGCUAUAAGGUGUACAACGUUGGACCGAUGGCGGCGCGAGGCUGUUCGGCGAGCAACAACUGUAUAUAGAUUUCGCGAACGCCUUUACACUUGUACAUUUUGGUCAACCAAGAUUAGGGCUGAAGAUUCUAAGCACCAGGCUCUACUUAUCGAGGGCUAUUCGUUAAUAGUGGUAAUCCAUCACUCUGGAGGCUUCGGUAUGACUAAGGCAAAUGUUUCAACGUCUUCCAGCAGGAUCUGCAUGAAUAUACAUAUAUACGAUAAUAAUCUUCCUACCAAUUUUGUCAUUAUUAAUAGCACCUACCAUUGUCGACUACGUAAUCAAGCUGAUUUAGAUUAUCUGGGGUAAUUUAGAAGGAGAAAAGGGC